AUGCCUUCUUACGCAAAGUUCUUGAAUGAUAUUCUCACAAAGAAGAUAAAGGUGGAAAAAGUAGAAAAUGUUGCCACAACAACAAAGUAUUGUUCGGCAUUGAGUAAACUUCCGUCGAAGCAAAAAGAUUCAGGAAGUUUUGUUAUACCAUGCUCUAUCAGUGAUACGUAUGUUGGGAGAGCCCUUUUUGACUUGGGGUCAAGCGUAAAUCUGAUGUCCAAGUCCAUAUUUUUGAAACUUGUAAUGAAUAAUGUUCGACCAACCACCGUAACAUUACAACUGGUAGACCGAUCACAUGUUUGUCCUGAGGGAAAAAUUGAAGAUGUGGUAGUUAAAGUAGACAACUUCAUCUUUUCAGUAGAUUUCCUUAUUUUAGACUAUGAAACCGAUGAAAACGCACCUAUUAUUAUUGGGCAUCCCUUCUUAGCCACAGGGCGCAUCUUAAUAGACUACGAUAAGGGAGAGGUUACGAAGAGGGUGACUGAUCAAAGUGUCACUAUCAAUGUCUUUAACACACUUAAGCAUGUUGACAAUUUUGAAGAAUGA